AUGCGGGGAGCAGUGGCACUCUCUGCCGCCAGGGCGCUGUGGGCGCGCAGCCGUGCCCCCGCAGGCCUCGCGGGCGCCCUAAGGAACAACGGGGUUUUUUCAGGUGUACGUACGGCGGCGGUUGGCACUCUGUCUUCGUUAGCAAGCCGGCGUGGCUUCAGCGGGGUACGGGGGGAUGUUGUGGGUAUCGACUUGGGCACAACAAACAGCUGCGUGGCAGUGAUGGAGGGCUCUCAGCCGAAGGUGCUGGAGAACUCCGAGGGCAUGAGGACAACUCCGUCGGUGGUGGCCUUCACAAAGGACGGCCAGAGACUGGUGGGUGUAGUGGCGAAGCGGCAGGCCAUCACCAACCCUGAAAAUACCUUUUUCAGCACUAAGAGGCUCAUCGGGAGGUCUUUCGACGAGGAGGCAAUCGCAAAGGAGAGAAAGAUUCUCCCUUAUAAAGUCAUCAGGGCAGACAAUGGCGACGCCUGGGUUGAAGGUUGGGGCAAGAAGUACUCCCCCUCACAGAUCGGCGCCUUUGUGCUGAUGAAGAUGAAGGAGACUGCUGAGUCCUAUUUGGGGCGCGAUGUGAACCAAGCAGUUAUCACAGUUCCAGCGUACUUCAACGACUCACAGAGGCAGGCCACAAAAGACGCAGGGAAGAUCGCGGGUUUGGACGUCCUCCGCAUAAUUAACGAGCCCACUGCCGCCGCCCUGGCCUACGGUAUGGAAAAAGAAGACGGGCGCACCAUAGCUGUCUAUGACUUGGGUGGCGGAACUUUCGACGUUUCAAUCUUGGAGAUACUGGGAGGAGUGUUUGAGGUGAAGGCGACCAAUGGCAACACCAGCUUGGGAGGGGAGGAUUUCGACCAGAAGGUGCUGCAGUUCCUGGUGAAUGAGUUUAAGAAGAAAGAGGGCAUUGAUCUUAGCAAGGACAGGCUGGCUCUGCAGAGGCUACGCGAGGCUGCGGAAACGGCCAAAAUCGAGCUGUCUUCGAAGCUUUCAACUGAGAUCAACCUACCAUUCAUCACCGCCGACCAAUCCGGUCCCAAACAUCUGCAGGUCUCCCUCUCUCGUGCCCAUCUCGAGGAGCUGGUGGGUGCACUCCUGCAACAAAGCAUUGAGCCCUGCGAGAAAUGCAUAAGGGACGCAGGGGUGCAGAAGGCUGACCUGAGUGAUGUCAUUCUUGUGGGGGGAAUGACCCGCAUGCCCAAGGUUGCUGAGGUGGUGAAGAGCAUUUUCCACAAGGAGCCCUCUAAGGGCGUCAACCCGGAUGAAGCUGUGGCGGCCGGCGCCGCAAUACAGGCGGGAGUCCUGAAGGGCGAGAUCAAGGACCUGCUGUUGCUCGAUGUAUGCCCUCUCUCUCUCGGCAUUGAGACGCUCGGAGGCGUCUUCACGAGACUCAUCAACCGCAACACCACCAUUCCCACCAAAAAGAGCCAGAUUUUCUCUACUGCCGCGGACAACCAAACACAAGUGGGCAUCAAGGUGUAUCAGGGCGAGCGUGAAAUGGCCUCUGCGAACAAGCUGCUGGGUCAGUUCGAUUUAGUGGGAAUUCCUCCAGCUCCUCGCGGUGUCCCCCAGAUUGAGGUUACCUUCGACGUGGACGCAAACGGCAUUAUGAACAUCAGUGCAGUAGACAAGUCAACAGGCAAGCGGCAGCAGAUUACUAUUCAGAGCAGUGGAGGACUCAGCGAGGCACAGAUUAAGCAGAUGGUGGAAGACGCGGAGAGGUUCAAAGACGAAGACCAGAGGCAGAAGGACUUAGUUGCCGCCAAGAAUGAAGCGGAGACGCUCGUCUACUCCGUGGAGAAGCAGAUCAGUGACCUGAAAGACAAAAUAUCUGCUGAGGACAAAACCGAUCUAGAGAGUCGCAUUCAGGAGUUGCGCUCAGCUCUAGUCGAGGGCGAGCUGGAGACAAUUCGCUCUCGCGUAAAGGCUCUACAGGAACUCUCGUGGAAAGUCUCACAGCAAGCCUACAGCCAGAGCAACAGCACAUCUGCUGACGGCGACAGCAGCAGCACGAGCAGCGGUGACAGCAGCAGCAAGCCGUGA